UUCUUUCUUUUUUUUUUGUUAAAUUAUAAAUACAUUAUGCAACAUUGUUGUCGUUGGAAAGGCUGUACAAAACUAUUUGGUGACCCUGAACAGCUCUAUAGUCACUUGACAAAUGACCACGUUGGUAGAAAAUCAACUGGUAACUUAUGCUUAACUUGUCAUUGGGAAGAUUGUGAUGUGUCUGUUAUCAAAAGAGACCAUAUCACCAGUCACCUUAGAGUCCAUGUUCCUUCAAAGCCUCACCAUUGCGCUGUAAGUGAAUAUUGAUCAUAUUAUAAUUCUUUUAUUCAUUGUGUGCAGUAUUGCGAUAAAUCGUUUAAACGUCCUCAAGACUUGAAGAAGCAUGAAAAGAUUCAUGAUGAAAAUAACGACACAUUAAAGCCUCAAACAGGUGGAAUGAACCCAUCCUUAUCACCUCAAUCCUCUUCCAUGUCUCAUGCUAGAUUACCUAUUUCCCCUCCUCAUAGUACAACUUAUUCCGAUGACUCUUGGAUGCAGCCCGUAAUAUCACCACGAUCAGACUUAUAUGAUAUGAAGCAAGAACCAUGUACACCACCUCAAUAUAACUCAAAUGAAUUCAUUCAACAGCUGAUGUUUAACGAAGGAGAACUAAAAACUGACUAUGACACAGAAAUGAUGAAUAAUCUAGAUAUGCUUCAAGCAUUAGUUGAUAAUGGUUCAAUAUGUCCAAGCUCACUUAAUAUCAACAGUCAGGAACAAUUGAAUAACUUCAAUCUUUGGUUAUCUCAAUUAACAGAACAAAUUCAAAGCCCUUACUCUGAACAACAAAAACAGCAGCAAGAGCAACUACAACAACAACAGAAUCAAUAUGCUGACGUACUAUUACAAUUUAAUGAACCCCAAGAUGUUAUAUAUCCAGAACAGGACUUGUACGUUCGUUCUUAUCCAAGUAUGCAAUCUGCUGACAUGGCAACUCAACAAGUAUUUAAUCAACAAGAGCAAUUGCAAUAUGACAGCCAAUUAUAUAAUGAUUAUCCUGUCAUGGACAAUAACUAUAGCCAAUACAGCUACACUCCUGACCUGAAGAUGAACGGACAAAGACAUCACUACACAGCCGUACCUGGUAUGGCCUCUAACCUAUUUACUCCUGAUAUCCGUACAACAUACAAUUUGAGAAGUACAAAAGAAGACGUCAAAUAUAAAACGCCAACCACUCAUGCCAAGGAAGAAAAGGUCGCCGAGGCAUUUAAACCUACAAUUGUGACACAUGAAACUAAAAAGAAUGUUACGACAAUGAUGAAUGUAUUUUCAAGUACGUUGUCUGUAAAUGACAAGAAAGUGAUGCAAACCAAAGAAGAAACUGCCGAGCCAUCUGCCAAGAAAACGUCAUCUGUUAGUAAAGAUGUCUUGGAUCUUUUGGUGAGCGAUAUGUCCGAUUUAUCGAUUGAGAAAAAGAAGGAAUCGUCGAUACUUUACCCAUCAUUGGAUAAGAUUGAAAAGCAUCAAAAGUUACUAAGACAGUUGAGUGAAUGGGCAAACACAGGUUUCAAACAAAAAGAUCAACUCCGUGUUUAAACUAUAAAUAAACAAUAAAAGCCUCGUUUUUGAUCAAGAAAAA